AUGACCCCACGCCGCAACCAAGCCUCGAUGCUUUAUCGAAGCUAUGACGAAACCCGUCAACUUCUCGAACAGAUCUCGCUCCCCGCCUUGAUCAUCUGCUGUGUCUGCCACACCUAUUAUAUCAAGUCUAAUUUCCCCGCGAAUCAGCUCAACAACCUCUGCCAGGCAAUUUACGAGAACAAGGAAGAUACCUAUGAUCCUCACCGUGAUAUCCCCUCCCCCACCCAACAGGUUGCAAAGUGCAUUACCUGCGCCCAAAGCCAGGUGGUUGAGCGGAAGUGUGACCAUUGCGAUAAAUUUCGCAGCCUCCACGAUUUCUCAAAGAAUCAGCGUUCCCGCAGUACCUCUUACUGCGUGUAUUGCAUGCAAGAACAGAUGGGAACCGAUCCUGAUGCUGAGACUUCUCGUAUGCAGACUCUGUGUAAGAAAGCUCGCAACCCUGAUUUGUACACCGGGCUCGGUGCAGCAUUGAAAGUGAAUCGCAACGAGGUCAACGAUGACUACAAGAGUGCUCAUCAGGCUCGUCGUGCCCACGAGGCCAGCCGAAUUUACAGUACUGACCCCCCCCCCCCCCCAGGCAUGCCCGCUAUGCCCACUCAGCAUCAAUACUUUGACCGCACUCCCCGCGCCGGUCACAACAGGCUGCCUCUUCCUGCGCCUCAGCGGGCUCCUUCUCUCCUCCUCCAUCGCCGUCUUGACAACAGGGUUGAUGGGCGAUACCUGUGA